CCCGUUGCCUCGGUUGCAAACAAACAAAACAUUAGCAGACGAGCAACAGUGGCAACAGACGAGUUUGUACGCUUCUCUUUAGAGAUCUGUCAGUUGUCGCAACUCAUCGGGAAAGCGGAUUGCCUCUCGGGUUUUCUCGCUACAGUCCUUGUGCACCUUCAUUCGAACAUUUAAGCGAAUCCACCGGUUGGACCUUUGAGGUUAAGAGUCCCCUGGGUACUUUUCUCGUGAAAUGUCGUCGGUUUGUAGUUCUUCAUGUACUGUGUCCUCUCAUCUCGAUGAAGAUAGCUCGUCGUGGUGGGAAGAGGUGUAUGAGGCAGCAGACUUACACCCGGAUGCACAGGCGAAGAAAAGUCGAAUGACACAACAGGACAUUUCAUUGCGCUACUCUGGAACCAAAGAAUCUACUCGCCUAGGCUAUGCAGCACUCGCAAAGUCAGAUAAAAAAAUUAUAAGAUUAUCACCAUCAGAUGUGAAAAUAGCUGCUGCAAAGUUGAAUCUUAACUCAGGAAAAGAACAUGUCAGCUUCUCUGGUAAACAACGCAGAGCUCGGCAAAUUAAAACUGCGUGUCACAUUAAAUGCAACAGAUGUGAAGCUCCCAGAUUAAAAUUGUCAGAGAGGCAGGAGAUUUUUGACACCUUUUGGAACUUGUCUGAUCACGAAAGGCAGUGGCUUUUCAUUUUUGGGCUGGUGAAGACUACAAUUCCAAGGAAAAAAUCUUCAGUAGGAUGUGGCAAGAAAUUUUCUCGGCACUAUUCCUUCAGCAUUGCAGGAUCACAAAAACAAGUGUGCAAGACCAUGUUCAAGAAUACUCUUUGCAUUUGUGACUCUUGGAUAGACAGUGCUCUGUCACAUUUCUCGGAAGAUGGGUACAAACCAGACAUGAGAGGAAAGGUUAGAUAUGUGAGGCGGAAACGGGGGGACAAUGCAGAUCUUGAGGCAAGCUGAAAAAAUUUGAGUAAUUGCGUGAAUCAUAUCAACUGGUAUGAGCGUGUAAUUUCUUGACAUGAUCGUGUUUCCCCUGUGGAGUAGAAGGCAUUGUUUUCAGAUGUUUCCUCUAUAAUUGUACAGAACUACCUUAGGGGAGAUAUCAAUAACUUAAGAUUCAAGGGAAUCGAGCCUGUAUCUAACUGUUUGAGGAUUAAAUGUGUUGAUUAAGCUCUUUCAAAGUGCAAUGCAGGUCAUUUUGUGCUAUGCAAUAAAGAUGUUGAGAUACUCUUC